AUGUCUUACAAGACGUCGUCGUCGGUCGUGGUCGCCGCCGCCUUUAUCGCUUUGUUCGUCCCAUUCGUUUCCUGUUUCACAGCUUCUGACGAAAUCUUACCCAAAUUGGUGAUUGAUGAUAAACUUAGUGGAUAUCAUGGCUUAGUAAAAGAAAAUGAAACGCUUGUUGAAGUUGUUCCAGAAAUUUAUGCCAUUGGUGAUGUUUGUAAUUUCAACAUAGUUAACAAACAUCAUGGAGAAGCACCUUUUGAAAUCAUUCUUCGUCCAAAUGGUUAUGCUGAACUUCGAGCUCGCAAAACUUUAAACUGUGAGAAACGUAAAACGUAUAAAUUUGAAAUUGCUGCAGUUUCAUGUUCCGGUUUGAUAUCGGAUAAUGUUACUGUGCAUAUAACUGUGGUUGACAUCAAUGAAUAUGCUCCACUGUUCUUAGAUGCAUCUUAUGUUAAAGAUGUUGAUGAAGGCCAGUUGUAUGAAGAGAUAAUACGAGUAGAAGCCACAGACCGUGAUUGCACUCCACGUUUUGGUGACAUUUGCAAAUAUGACAUACUUAAUGAUGAUCAACCUUUCACUAUUAACAAUGAAGGAAGUAUCAGAAAUACUGAACCAUUAGACUAUGACAGAAGUCAUAAUUACAUAUUGUCAGUGGUUGCUUAUGACUGUGGCAUGAAGCAGUCUGCUCCUGUUAUGGUCACUAUUAAGGUGAAUCGAAUUUGCAAAUUGGGUUGGAAAAGUAUCCCAGAAGAAAUUGAUUACUAUCCUACUUCCGGUCGUAAAGAUUUGUUUCCUAAUGCACAGUUAAGACUAUGUGAUGAUCCAUGCCACGUGAAAAAUGUUAAUGCUAAGCUGACUCUAGCAACAUCGCAUAUUGGUAAAGGUUGCGACCGUGAUACUUACUCUGUUCAAAGCCAAAGAAAACUUUGUGGAGCAAGUGAAGAAAGUGUAGAACUUUUACCCGCUAACCAUGUACCUUUAUCUGCUGGAAACGCAAUUAAACAUGACGAAGGUCGUGAAUCUGAUCAGAUGUAUGAGUUUGAUGGCAGUAGCACUGCUGUUGCUAUACCCAAUGACGUUCUUGACCAUGGCUUAUCAUCGGCAUUCACUAUUUCUACAUGGAUGAAACAUAAGCCUAUGCCACACCAAGAUAAGCAUGUUAAAGAACACAUUUUAUGUUCUGCUGAUGACCACAAAAUGAAUCGUCAUCACUAUGCUUGGUUUGUACGAAAUUGUCGUCUUAUACUACUUUUAAGACGUGAUUUUUCGCAAGGAGAUUUGAAUAUCUUUAGACCAGCUGAAUGGAGAUGGAAAAUUCCACAGGUAUGUGACAAUGAAUGGCAUCACUAUGCUGUGUCAGUACAAUUCCCCAAUGUACAAUUAUACAUUGAUGGAGUACUAUUUAAAUCUGAAAACAAAAAUCCGGAAGUUAUUGAUGAUUGGCCUUUGCAUCCAACUAAGGGUAUUAAUACUACUUUGACUGUUGGAGCCUGUUGGCAAGGUUCAGAAAAUAAAAUGAAACAUCAUCUUCGAGGAUAUUUGGCUGGCUUAUCAGUACUUUUGCAUCAACUUGAGAAACCAGAAGUACUUGCAUGCUUACAUAAAUGUAAAGAAAGUCUAGAAGUUCCUGCAAUGGAGUUGUUGGAACCUGGAAUGGAACUGCUAACUAACAGUGAGUUAACUGAAUUAUCAAUUGAGGGUGAUAACAAGACAAAUUUGGAAGUAUUGGUGAGGAAAAUUGGUUAUUCUAAUAGCCGUGACUAUCCAACUCCCGGUAGACGUAAUCUUCACUUAACUACAUCUCUUAUUUGUGAGGGUGGUCGAGAAGUCAAGAUGCCUCCUGCUGAAAGCUAUAUAAUGGUCCACCGACCUCAACAACCUAAUAUUAUCAUUAACGGUACAAAUACAGUACCUAGAGAAUACCAUGAAUUUAGACAGGGUGUACAAGUUUUCCCUGAUCUUGCCAUUAGCAUUGAACCGGAAAGUUAUGAUUACGAAUCUAAAAAUCCUGAAUUGACAAAUGUAUUAGAGCGUCGUGUGGAUUCCUGUAUAAUAUCUGUUUAUCCUUCACUGAAUCCUGACCAUGAGACAUUAACUAUUCCUGCUGACAUGUUGGCUAAAUUCGGAAUUUCAGCUAAAGUUUCUAAAGACGGUGUAGCUUUCAACAAUGCUGAUAUUGUAUUCCAUUAUCAAGAAGCUCUACGUGAUGUCCAUUAUACCAACUUCAAGCCUGCAUACUAUCUAAAUCGUCAAUUCAAAUUGGUCUGUUCAGAAAUGAAUGGGAGGUUUUUGAGUAAUGAAUACAUACAAACUUUAACUGUAGUCCAUCCAAAAUCUCCGACCAUUGUUUACACUACUACUACAACACUUCCGACAACUGCUCUACCUGCUGCUUCAUUAGUAGAAGAAAAUGAUGCUGAACCAAAACCAGCUCAUGCUCAAGUUGUUCAACAUUCCGUAGAAGCAAAACAAGCACAAACUAUAUUUGGAAAUUACUUGGAUGGAUCUAUUGAUGAACGGGCACAAGCUAUUGUCACUGGUGGUGGACAUGCUGUUACAAUUAUCAUUGUAGUGUGCGUUGGAUUUUUAGUUUUAAUGAUUACAUUAGGCAUUGUGCGUAUUAAGGCCGCUCACCAAAAAGCAUCACAGGAUGAAGUCCAGGACACAGAGAUGGCUUGGGAUGACUCAGCUCUUAAUAUUACCAUAAACCCUAUGGAGCAAUUGGAAUGUGAUGGCAGUGGUGCAGCUGGUGGUGCGUUAUCAGCUGGCAAACAUAGGCAUGCUGAAAAUGAAGACGAUUCUUCUGAUGACAAUAUGAGUUAUGAUUAUGAUGAUAGCUCAGAUGAUGGUGGUGGCAAUGAAGAAGAUGACGGUCUACACAGAGGCUGUGCACCUCGUUUAGAAUGGGAUCAUUCUACCAUGUCUAUCUAA